UCUUUUAUGUAUGCACUUAUAUAUACUGUAUAAUUGUAUAUCUAUCUACUAGAGAGAAUUAAAUUGGAAAGUUUGAACAAGUUAGUCGAAAACUAGUAGCUAAAAAGGAAAGCUAAAAGAGAUAACAACAAUGGCAACGAGACAACAGCAUAAGAAAGAAGAAUUGGAUGAAAGGGCAAAGAAAGGAGAGACUGUAGUACCUGGUGGUACUGGUGGCAAGAGCGUUGAAGCCCAACAACACCUUGCCGAAGGAAGGAGCAAAGGAGGGCAAACAAGAAAAGAACAGCUAGGGACAGAAGGGUAUAAGGAGAUGGGUCGCAAAGGUGGGCACAGCACCAAGGACAACCCCGAUGAAGGCGAAGAUGUUGAUGAGCCCGCCACCUGAGCACCGCCCCACAUCAUCGGCACAACUUGUAGCUCAAUAGCAAUACUAGCAUCUAGUCUAGUUCAUAAAUAAUAAGAUCAUGUACAUGUUAUCUAUGUAGACCAAGAUCAAAAUAGUAGUAUGCUACUAGUAUAUGUAUAUAUGUAUUGAAACUCCUUGUUUUUUUAAUGAUGUAUGGACCUUUUUUCGUUUUAAUUACUA